UUUUACAUUUUCACUUCGGCCCUUGUGUAACUCGGUUCGACUUUUCCGAUCCUAGGGAAAUCCCAUUUUCUCUAUUUUUAGCCGCGGAUUGUGAGAGAAAUUGACUUAAUAGCAUAAUAUUUCGCUGUAAGCAAUCACGCACUUGCGGUGUGCAUAAUUUUUAUUAGGCGAACUCGCGUAAUUGCCUCGUUUCUUUCCAUAUCACACAUAAUAGUAUGUCUGUGCACCUUUAAAGCAAACCGGGCAGAUUUAUUGUCUAGCCUUACCUGAAAACCAGUGAAAUGGACACUAGUAAGAAGUUUGAUAACCCUAGUCCAGAAAUCAAAGCGAAUUUUUGCAAUAGAUUGUUUUUCUGCUGGGUUCUGCCAUUUUUCAAAACUGGAUAUAAAAAGGACUUGGAAGUUAAGGACAUUUACAACAGCACUAGCCCAGACCUCUCGGGGCCUUUAGGAGAUGCUUUGGAAAAGAAUUGGGAUGAAGAGGUGCAGAGAACGAGACAGUCUAAGAAGAAAAAGGGCGAGAAGCCCCGACUGAAGAGGGCUAUUUUUAAAACAUUUGCUAAAUCGUAUUUUUUUUAUGGCGGAUUCAUUUUUAUACAAAGUGUGGUGAUAAGAAUGUUAAUACCUAUUUUCCUAGCCUAUUACAUUCAAUUUUAUCAAAACCCCAGAGAAAGCUUUAAAGAUGUUAAACGCGGUUGGCUCCUAGGAGGAGCCGUAGUUGGCUUAUCGUUCACCAAAGUAAUUUUGGAACAUUACUGCAACAUGGGGGUACAAAGGAUCGGUAUGAGAGUGCGAGUAGCGGCUUGUUCCUUAAUAUACAGAAAGCUCUUGAGACUUAACCAAGCCUCCCUAGGUAAAACAGCGGCCGGGCAAUUAGUAAACCUCCUCUCGAACGACGUGAUUCGUUUCGACAUGAUUUCUUGGUUUUUACACUAUUUUUGGAUCACCCCGGUGCUUUUCGUUAUCGCUUUUUACAUUAUGUACACUUACGUGGGGUUGGCUGCAUUGCCUUCGAUGGGGGCGAUCACUAUACAAGCCGUUUUAGCUCAAGGUUAUUUAUCCAAGUUGCAAGGAAGACUUCGGGCGCGGAUCGCUCUUUUGACCGACAACAGGGUGAAACUCAUGAGCGAAAUCACUUCCGGCAUUCAAGUGAUUAAAAUGUACGCGUGGGAGAGGCCGUUUGAAAAAAUUGUGGAGCUUGCCAGAAAAUUAGAAAUCGAUAUAGUACAAAAAACGUCCUACAUAAAAGGGUUCUCGUUGGCUUUGAUGCUGUUUACCGAGCGAGCCACCCUGUAUAUUGCUGUGAUAACGUGGGUCUUAAUGGGCCCAUUAAACAAGGAUGGUUCUCCUGGUUCUAUUACAGGUGAAGUCGUAUUUUCUAUGGCUCAGCUUUUAAACACUGUACAGUUGUAUAUGGCGAUAUUCUUCCCGUUGGCACUGGCUACUUGGGAGGAGUGCAAAGUGUCCAUGAAGAGGAUCGAGGAUUUUCUUUCAUUGGAGGAAAAUGACGACUCGGAAUGCUUGGAAGGUGUAAAAGAAAACGCAGGUCUAAUUAACUUAAGCCACGCCACUGCCAGUUGGUUACCCAACCCUAUAGUAGAAACCCUUUUCGAUGUCAAUAUGGAGCUUAAGCCAGGCACCCUUUGCUGUGUGGUCGGACCUGUAGGGUCAGGAAAAAGCUCUCUUUUACAAGUGAUAUUAAAAGAAUUGCCGUUAAACAGUGGCUCUCUGAACGUAAUAGGAGAAGUAUCAUAUGCAUCCCAAGAGCCGUGGCUCUUCGUGUCGAGUGUACGACAAAACAUCCUCUUCGGAGUCCCGUACGUGAAAGAACGUUACAAAAUGGCGGUGCAGGCGUGCGCCCUAAAAAGGGACUUUGAACAAUUACCGCAUGGCGAUAGGACUCUGGUUGGGGAAAGGGGAGCAGCCCUAAGCGGAGGACAAAGGGCCAGAGUGGCUUUGGCCAGGGCGGUGUAUCGCGAAGCCGAUAUUUACUUGCUGGACGAUCCGUUAAGUGCGGUGGAUGCCCACGUGGCAAAACAUUUAUUCGAAGGAUGUAUUCGGGGUCAUUUGAGUGGGAAAACGAGGAUCCUGGUAACGCAUCAAGUGCAGUUCCUUAAAGGGGCGGAUUUGAUUGUUGUUAUGAAUAAUGGUAAAAUCGAGCAAAUGGGUUCUUACGAAAAACUCCAGGACGAAUUGGCAGCUCUGUCCAGGGAAAUCGAACAGCAGCAUCAAGUGCAUGCGGAAACGCACAAAAUUGAUCGGGAACAAACUCCAAAGGUUGAUGAUAGGGAUCGGGGAUUGUCGUUGGCUUUGCAGUCCAUUGCUUCGUUGGCUAGUUGGGAUGAACCGGAAGAAACCGACGAGCUGUUAGAAAGAGGCGCACUAAAGACCUCGACUUACGUUGAAUAUUACAAGUCGGGCUCUUCCAUAUGUGUGUUGAUCAUUUUGAUAUUGUUGUUCAUCAUUGCUCAGGUUUCGUGUAAUGCCGCUGACAUGUGGAUCACUUAUUGGACGACCGAGGAAGACAACAAGCGUCAACAAAAUCACACAAACCCGUCCAAUUUCACUUCUACUUCAGCAAGUACAACUGAAAUAAUCGAAAACACAACUUAUAGCGUCUAUAAUAACUCAUUGAACAUCGAGCCUAUUUAUGCAACCGGUUUGGAUAACACCAGCUAUAUUUACAUCUAUACUAUCCUCAUAUUUUCUUCCAUUAUUUUAACUACUGCAAGGUCAAGUUUAUUCAUGAAAGUGUGCAUGAACGCCUCCAAAGCGCUACACAACAAGAUGUUCAACUGCAUCCUCAAGGCCCCCAUGAAAUUCUUCGACACAAACCCCUCCGGUAGAAUCUUAAAUCGGUUCUCCAAAGAUAUGGGAGCGGUGGACGAAGUUUUACCGAAAGUCGUAUUGGAAACGUUACAAAUAUUCUUCAUUAUGGUGGGCAUAUUGGCCAUGGUGUUCAUCAAAAGUCCCUACAUGAUAAUACCGGCGGUUAUAUUGGGAAGCAUCUUCUGGUACGCCCGGGUGAUUUAUUUAAAGUCCGGACAGGACAUCAAGAGGUUAGAGGGGGCCACUAGGGCUCCGGUGUUUUCUCACGUGUCCGCCAGUUUAUACGGUUUGCCCACCAUUAGGGCUUUUAAGGCGCAAAGUUUGAUUGUGAAGGAAUUUGACACGCUACAGGAUCAGCAUACCGGUACGUGGUUUUUGUUCGGUGCUACCAGUGAAUCUUUAGGGUUUUACUUGGAUGUGAUAAGUACGAUAUUUUUGGCCUUUACUACUUUCCAGUUUCUAUUGGUUGGCAAUGAGGAGCUGAAAGCUGCCGAUGUUGGUCUGGUUAUUUCGCAAACUUUAGCGUUAACUGGUAUGUUACAAUACGGAGUCCGUCAAUCGGCCGAAGUUUCCUCAACGAUGACGAGCGUAGAACGCGUGUUACAAUACACGAAACUGGACUACGAGGGGCCGUGGGAACCUUUGCCGGGCGAUAGGCCGCCCCUCGAUUGGCCCCAAAAGGGCCGAGUAACGUUCACGCACGCCUUCUUGCGUUACUCGAGCGAGAGUCCGCCCUCCAUAAGAGAUUUAAAUGUGGAAUUCAAACCGGGUGAGAAGAUCGGCGUGGUAGGCAGGACCGGAGCUGGUAAGUCGUCACUGGUCGCGACUUUAUUCCGGCUGGCUCAAGUUGACGGGGUGGUCGCAAUAGACGGGAUAGACACCGCCAAAGUGGGAUUGAGGAUCCUUAGAACUGCCAUCUCAAUUAUUCCGCAAGUGCCUAUAUUGUUUUCUGCUACUUUAAGAUACAACUUGGACCCAUUCGAAAAAUGCUCAGACGAACAACUAUGGAAAGCCUUGGAACGUGUCGAGCUAAAACAAAACGGCGUCAGUUUAGACACACCGGUAAGCGAGGGCGGGGGAAACUUCAGUGCCGGCCAGAGACAACUCAUAUGUCUCGCACGUGCCAUAGUCCGUAACAAUAAAGUCCUGGUGAUGGACGAGGCGACGGCCAACGUGGACAGACAAACGGACUCGCUCAUCCAGAAAACGAUCCGGGAAGCUUUCAAAGACUGCACGGUGAUCACGAUCGCCCAUAGGUUGAACACUAUCGCGGACUACGAUAAGGUGUUGGUGAUGGACGCGGGUAAAGCGGUUGAGUUUGCUCCCCCGCACGAACUUUUGGAGAACCCUAACGGUUAUUUUGCUAAAAUGGUCGCGCAAACUGGACCGGUUAUGGAAGGGAAGUUGAAGGAGAUCGCUAGGGAAGCUUAUGAGAGGAUGAAACAGUCGGAUGGUGUUACAAAAGAAGAAGAAACCACCGAGCUGAUAGUACAAAACGGCAAUACAACCGAAAAAAAGGAUCAAUAGUUGGACUGUACCAUAAAAACAAAGAAAAAAUGUGAUGUAAUAUUAAGGUUGUCCUACAGCGCAGACCAAACUUUAUAUAUACACUAACGUUUUUAUAAUAAUUAUUUAUUUCAUUAUCAGGGUCGUUGGAAGCUAUUCCAAAUAUAGAUUUUAUUUUAACGUAUCUAUUGCUUAUUGUAUUUAAUUGGUAUUAAGGCGCGAAUACGCAAUUUAUUGCCUUAUAUGCAUAUCUAUACAAAUAUUUUUUUGUAUGAAAAACCAACACGUUUUCUUAGUAUUUUUUAUCACUAUUUAAUGUCAGUAUCUAUGAUUAUAUUCACGUGGUGCCAUAUUAACACGUAAAGUAUUAUGAUUAAAGUAAAUAUUUACGCUUUUGCUAUGUAAAUUCGCUCGAAUAUCGAACCACUUUCUACCAUAUUUUGUGGUCAGUACUUAAAUAUAAUUAUUUACUUCUAUCUAAGCAGGAACUUCUUAGGUGCUCCUUAAGGCAAAUACUUUCUUUAUUAUUAACCAAUUUUAGUGUCUCAUAACUUGGGAUUAAUUUAAUGUAAUACUAUACUAUACUUUAUGUCUUUUUAGGUUAAGUAGGUCAAUUUUUAUGUAAGUAGAUAUACUCUCGAAAUAUCUUGGUAUAUUUUUUAUUUGGUUUUCAGUAAGUAUUAAGUGUAACCUCAUUUUUUUUUUUAAUAUUUAUUUACAGAUAAUAGUUUUGCAUUGUAAGACACCUGCGCUAAAUAUAAAACAUAUAUAUUUUC